AGCCCAAACACUCCUGUCCCUCCUCCUCCUAAACAUGACUACAUUUGAUCUGCUUGGGGACGCAGAUCCGCUUUCAAUCAUAACUCUGACCCCAUAAACCAGUCUGUGUAUUUAUUCCCCUCAGCGUGGGGCGUCCACUCCACUCCACGCCACUCCACCACCUAUACCGCUAAUCCCUGGAUCCUUUGAGUAGGACCGUGAUUUGUAGGGCGGUGUUGCCAGGGGAAAGGUGGUGGUGGCGGUGGCGGCGCUUGGAUCCUGUUGGAAAUGACAGCUGAGGAGGGUGGACUGGAGCUCGGGGACCAGAGAAGCAGCAGAGGCAGGAGAUAGCGAAGAAAGUGCAGCACUUCGCCGUUUUUAAAAGGGGUUGCAGAGAUGGAGUCGCUAAUGAACGCGGUGACGCCGCGCUCGCCGGCCCCCGUCAAGAAGCUGUCCGAGGUGGACUUCCGCUCAGGGGCCACCCUGGAGCAGCUGUCAGCGCAGGUGUCAGAGCUGGUGCUGCUGGAGCAGGGAGAGUUUGGAGACCAGACGGCCUUAGAGGUCCACACUGCCAAGGACUUUAUCUUCAACAUGCUCGAUGCAGCAGCAGUAGAAACAGGCUGAUGGAAGCAUCCAGAA